AUGCACGAUGUGCCGCAAGAGAUACCCGAACCCAUAUCAAAUAGGAGCCUGCAAGAUCGCCGACAAGCUAUCAAAACGGCAAAACCAUUCUCAGAGUUCCUGACGGACUCUUUCAACAGACAGCAUGAUUACUUGCGCAUUAGCGUCACCGAGCGCUGUAAUUUGCGAUGCUUAUAUUGUAUGCCUGAAGCAGAAGGUGUACAAUUAUCGCCACCAUCACAUCUCUUGACGAGCCCCGAGAUAUUCUAUCUUUCCUCCCUAUUCGUCUCGCAGGGUGUCACGAAAAUCCGUCUCACCGGAGGGGAACCUACGGUCCGCCGCGACAUCGUUCCGUUGAUGCAGUCAAUUGGCAGCCUUCGCUCCCGUGGUCUACGAGAACUGGCCAUAACUACAAAUGGAAUAUCACUAAACAGGAAGCUCGACAGCUUGGUAGAGGCGGGCUUGACUGGUGUUAAUCUCAGCCUGGACACCCUGGAUCCGUUCCAAUUCCAAAUCAUGACAAGGCGCAAUGGGUUUGAUGCGGUCAUGAAGUGCAUCGAUCGCAUACUCGAGCUGAACCGCCAUGGGGCCAACGUCAAGCUAAAGAUAAAUUGUGUUGUCAUGCGUGGCCUCAACGAACGUGACAUCAUUCCAUUUGUCGAGAUGGGCCGUGAAAAAGACAUCGAGGUACGCUUCAUCGAGUAUAUGCCGUUUGGUGGCAACAAGUGGAGCGAAGGGAAGAUGAUUGGAUAUCAAGAGAUGCUUGACAUUAUCCGAACUAAAUAUCCUGGUUUGAGACGAUUACCGGGACAUAAGAACGACACAAGCAAAACCUUCGAGGUCCCUGGUUUUGUCGGCAAGGUUGGCUUCAUCACCAGUAUGACCAACGACUUUUGCGGGACCUGUAAUCGACUGCGUAUCACGAGCGAUGGCAACCUGAAAGUAUGCUUGCAUGGUAACGCCGAGGUAUCACUACGGGAUCUGUUACGCGAAGAUAACGGGGGUCUUCCCAUUGACGAAGAAGCCUUUCAAAGAAUCAGACAAACGGAGCUUGAUCGAUUCAACGGGAAACUAAGCGAUGAGACUAUCCUAGGCUGGGGCCGGCGGGAGCGACAGCUUCUUCGUGUCAUAGGCGCAGCAGUCAAGCGCAAGGCUGAGAAGCAUGCCGAUAUUGGCGAUCUUGAGAAGAUGGAGAACAGGCCGAUGAUUUUGAUUGGUGGGUGA